AUGACGGGCCCGAUUCACACAUACGGUCAAAGCUGCUUGCUAUCGGACGACGAACCAGAUCUUGCCAGUUUCCAGACAUGUCCCGAUCCACCAGAGAUCCGGGCGCAGUUUUUUUACGUCUCAUCGUUGCCAAUCGAUGACCCACUAGCUGCUCUGCCACCGCCGGCUAGUCAAGGAGCUGGGAGUGAGAGGAUACCACCCAAGCCGUUCUCUGCUAGGGAUAAUAUCGCCUUGGAGGAUGCUUGGCGCGAUCUACGGGAGGUGAGGAAAACCAAAAUCGCGGGACAACAUGGGUCCAGGCCUCCAACUUCGAAGGGGCCUUCUGGAAUAGCUGUGCCAGGUCAUGAAUCGGGGUCAAAUAUUACAAGUCGCCCUAAGUCUUCCAGCCGAGAAGAUCCUGGGUUGAUCGGCAGCAGAGGGAGCACUAUCAGCAACACUCCUUCAUUCCCAGACGAUGUACCUUCACGAAAUCACAAGUCUCAGCUCACGUUUGCGACCGGUUCUGGAGUGCGCUCUCAUCCUUUCGGAAAGGUAGACCGCGUCGGAUCAUCACUUGAUGAUAGCAUGAAAUAUGAUACCCCUGCAGCUAUCGCCUUUGAUCAGAAACGGGCACGUUCUUCCUCUGUGAAUGAGUCCAGCGCGGCCAAGAGAAGAAGUAGCUCGACUUUGGAGAAUUGUGACGCUGGUGACGAAGAGAUUGGCAGUAUACACGCCAAUCGUUCUCGCGAUGCUAGUAUCAGUGGCUCGCCUUUUAUACGGGCGUCUACCUCUCAGUCUCAUACACCACUCGGUCGGUCAUAUGAGUCUACAUUUUCGAGGGACGGAGGGCAGGACUGGCAGGCCGAAGUGCGAGUCAGCAGUAGUUCUCGGGGCGCACCAAAGCCCUCUGGUCUCAGAACUACUGUGAGCCUGGAUCAACUGACGCAGGACUCGCAGAGUGAGAGAACAGAAGAGCCAAAUACGCAAUCAAAAAUCCCAGUUGGUGUGUCGCGGCUUCAUUUGGUUGAACUGCCGAAACUCAAGGUACAAAUUGUGUCCCUUUUUGCUCUAGAUGAUACUGACACUCUGCAGAUGAAACCAAUUUACUGGAGCCCUCUGCAGGACAUAUCGACUGUCGUUCGAGCUACUUGGUUUUACAGGAACACCAUGUAUCCCGUUGAGGCAGAUCUUGCAAACAAAUUGGAAGAAGGAUACGUCUACUUAAAGCCUUGGAGUGAUACCUGGCAAGAUGAGCUGAAUAGCUGUGUGGAAAAUGGUGCGGAUGCUGAGAUGAAAAUUGUCCAUCCAUUGUGGACAAAGGAAGAACAGCAACCUAAAACUGAACCGGACCCUGCUCCUGGUAAUCCCGAGUUGACUGAGGCAGAUGAUCUCUUGACAUUUGACAAUAAUCAAGCCGCUGGCGGCACUUCUCUUCAGUCCGAGAACAUAAAACCUUAUCUCACAUCUAGUGCCAUUUUCGUCGACGCGGCCAACGCCCAGAUCCUUCGACCCAGCCUACUUCCUUCCUCCUCGAGGGGACGAAGACCUCUAGGGGCAAUCAGGAAGGGGAGGCAGAUAGGGAUACCGGUGGUACGAGGCUUCAAUCGAAAGUUAUGGGAGCAACUACACCCAUCCAAGACUAAUCCCAUCGAUGUGCGUCAUUACAUCCGCAAGACCCAAUCCCGGAAUCCUUCUGUUCCAGGUGAACAAGUAUGCUACGCUUGCAAGAUGGAAGAGUCACGGCCACCUCCGACAGACUUGGUACUCGUCAUCCACGGUAUCGGGCAGAAACUUUCGGAGAGGAUGGAAAGCUUUCAUUUCACACAUGCCAUCAAUGCAUUCCGAAGAGAGGUUAAUAUGGAGCUCAAUAAUGAACCUGUCUGGCCACAUGUGCGUCAAGACCAUGGAGGAAUCAUGGUACUUCCUGUGAAUUGGCGCACAAAGCUGUCACUGGAUGACCCCGAUAUUGAAGCAGGUGUCGAGGACCCGACUGCUAAUAAUUUCUCACUGGACGAUAUCACACCUCAGACCCUUCCAGCCGUUCGAUCUCUGAUCAGUGACGUGAUGCUUGACAUUCCGUACUAUCUCUCGCAUCACAAGCCAAAGAUGGUCAAGGCAGUUGUCAGAGAAGCGAAUCGCGUCUACCGCCUCUGGUGUAAGAAUAACCCAGGGUUCCAAGAAAAUGGCCGCAUACAUCUUCUCGCUCAUUCCUUGGGAAGUGUCAUGGCCAUCGAUAUUCUCAGCAAUCAGCCAACGCAUGUGCCUCACUUUGACUUUUUCGAUACUGCACUGCACAGCGAUAUCUUCGAGUUUGACACCACAGAUCUGUUCCUCUGCGGAAGCCCUGUUGGUUUCUUCCUCCUUUUGAAUAAAGCCAGCCUCCUGCCCCGGAAAGGUAGAGAUAAGCCAGGUAGUGACGGCGAUGAUAGAUUGCGUGGCGUAGCCGGUGAACAAGGUCAAUAUGGAUGUCUCGCAGUGGACAAUCUAUACAACAUAAUGCACACAACCGACCCAAUCGCCUAUCGCGUCAACGCAGCAGUAGACAGUGACCUAUCAAACUCCCUAAAAAUGGCAUCAAUCCCCAGCUCCAGCUCAACAUUCUGGCAAUCCUUCGGCAGCGUCUUCCGCUGGAGCACAGCACCAACCUCAUUUCUCCCUUCAACGGUGCCAACACGACCAGCAGCCGUCUCAAAACUCCCCUCAAACGUCGAGCUUGAGACCCAUGACUUCAGCCGCGAGGAAAUUGCCGAGAAACGAAUGCUUCUCCUGAAUGAUAAUGGCCAGAUUGAUUAUUAUCUUUCUGGUGGUGGGGGCCCGCUGAGUAUCCAGUACCUUAAUAUGUUGAGUGCGCAUAGUAGUUACUGGACUCUUGGGGAUUUUGUCAGGUUUUUGGUUGUUGAGAUUGCUAGGAAGCAGGGGCGUGAGGGGACUUUGCUUGCUUUUCGAGCUGAGAAGAAGAAGGGGUGGAAGUAUUCUAAGGGCGCUAUUUGA